GAUAAUUGAAAAGUCAGUCUUCUUUCUUCUCUUUCUCUUUCUCUUCUUCUUCUUCUUCUUCCAUGUGAAUAGCAACCUAGCUAGCUUACUAAGCUACUUGGGAAGUGUUUUUUGUUCCAAUCGAAUCAGAAGAAUUGAAAUAAUGGGAGGAGUUGAAGGCAACCCAGAGAUGAUUAUGGUUCAACCCGUGCCUUCCCAUGCUCCCAGACGCCGCCCGCCUUCUUCCACCGGCGUCCAGUGGACCACUGGAUUAUUUGAUUGCCAUCAAGAUCUUAACAAUGCUUGUAUGACUGCAAUUCUCCCAUGCAAGACAUUUGGUCAGAAUUCUGAGAUCCUGAACAACGGAGUGAUGCCAUGGCCAGUGGCAUCAUUGGUAUACCUGGUGUUGAUGCCUCUUCUGUGCUCCCAAUGGGUAAUUGGAUCAAGGUCCAGAACCAAGCUGAGGCAGAGGUUCAAUCUGGUUGAAGCUCCAUUCUCUGAUGUUUUCUCUCACAUUUUCUGCUCUUGCUGCUCCCUCUGCCAAGAGUUUCGGGAGCUCCGAAACAACGGCCUCGACCCCGCCAAAGGUAUGAUAUAUUAUUCACCACGCCGCCUAACGGUAGCCAUAAGACAUUCAGGUCGAACCACAUGAUCGAUUAGAUAGUUUGACUCGAUAUCGUACUCCCUCUGUCUCUUUCGAUAAACAAUUCCACAUUCAUUUUUCUUGCAUCCCACAAAAUACUUCUACCCCCAUCUAAAAUCUUUGUGAUUACAUCUCAUUUCUCUUUUUAUUGCGGGUAUUAAUUAUUUUGAAGAUAUUUUAGACAUUUGAUGUCCGAAACAACGGCCUCGACCCCGCCAAAGGAUGGAAUGGUUUACUUAGUGAGCAGGAGAUGAGCACUCCUCCCCCACUCCAAUCCAUGUCCCACUAGAGAGACAUUCAUUUCCCUUUUUCUUCUUGUUGCUUGUAAGUUGGUCGCCAUGGACUUGCAACAACAUUAGUUAAAAAACAUUAUGUAAAGGAUUAUGCUAUGUCUCUAUUAUACUAGUCCAAGAAUAUCUUUAAAUUCUAAAGCAAUAUUUUGAAAUUCGGACUGAUCUGGCCAGUCGGACUGCGGCCCCAAUGCUCGGCCCGUCCGAAUCAAUGAUGAAAGUCGAU